AUGGAACGAGCAAAAGUUCUGAUGGAAAAAUUAAGGGAUACAGUGGGAGAAGGACCUCACAGGGAAACAAUAGAAAAUAAUAGGAUAAUAGUUGAAUGUUUAGGAUACCAUAUAAGGGAAAUCAACAGAAUGACAAUAUAUCCAUACACCCCGGAUGAAUUAAGAGAAGUAGUCUGUCCGAUAUUAUGUUUUAUAAACCAUCUGAUAAUAAUAAGGGAAGAAACGUAUUUUGAAGGAUCAGUAUGUGAAAACCUAGCGAGAGACCUCCAGGAGGUCAGUAAAUGA